ACGACAGACCAAAGUCUUAAUUAACCCAAAGCAAAAUCUUCCUUAAUUCUAAAUUUAUCUUCUCGUACACCACCUCGCAGAAAUUCAGAUAAAGUUAAUUGCCACUGAUAAAGUUUUAUAACAGCGCGCGUAUUAUUUUAUUAUUAUGUUGUUGAAUGCUCAAUAUAUUCUCUUCGUCUGUUAGUUUGUACUAGGUGCGGGCGCAAAACGACGCCCGUGUCUUGCGUUGACAUCAAUAUUACAAAAAAUAAAACAAUAUCGCGACUAAUAGAGAACCCCCUCCUUGUUUGGAUAUUACAAAAAAUACAACUCUUAUUUAGGCCAAUCGCAUAUAAAUAAAAAUUAUAUACAAAUGAUUGUAAUUAUAAAAAUAAAGCAUUUUUUUUAAUUUAUUUUAUGGCAAUAAAAUAAUUCUAUAAACUAACAGUGUAUAGGUACUAUUAGAUUAUUUUAUACCUAAUUAGGUAGUGCUUGUGAUUAAAUAUAAUAAAAAAAAUAUUUAUAAUAUUUAUAAACAAAAUGGAAGACAAAAAAAUUAAAACAUUAAGUGAAAAUGUCGAAAAUAGUGAACAGAACACGGCUGAUUUGGAGCAAGCACUUUCUCUUGUAGGAAUAGGAUGGUAUAACCUGAAGUAUUGUCUAGUGCUGGCCCUGUUCCUUAUAUCGGCUAUAGUGGAACCGAUUGGGUAUUCCUAUGUAUUACCAGCGGCCAAGUGUGAUCUCCACAUGACAGAUGCUCAAAGAGGGAUUAUCGCCUCAAUUCCUUAUAUAGGCAUAGUAGUGACGUCAUUCCCCUGGGGCUACCUGGUGGACACCCGGGGCAGGAAGAAAGUCAUAAUCGCCAGCUCCCUCACGGUCGGCGCGUUCGGACUACUAGCUGGCUUCAUGCCAGAGCUAAUCAGCUUCACUAUAUUCAAGACUCUUGGAGCUCUAUGUCUAGCGUGUCCGGCUGCCGUCCCAUACACGUACAUCGGAGAGAUCAUCCCUCAAAGACACAGGGAUAUAAUAUUAUCUGUCACGAAUUCCCUGCAGAUUUUGGGCUCAGCUCUUGUGCCAUUGCUCGGCUACGGAAUACUUCCCCUCGAGUUCCGCACAAGCUUUGGGGCAUACGAUUUCAGAUCAUGGCGACUUCUAAGCAUAGUGUACUCUUCUAUGUUCAUCCUAGCUGCGUUCCUGUUGAGUUUCGGCCCAGAGAGCCCCAAGUACUUAGUCUCCCAAGGCAAAUAUGAUGACGCGCUUAAGAUCUUGCAAUAUAUGUAUGCAGGGAAUAAAAGAAAGUCGCCCGAUGUUUUUCCGAUCAAAAAGCUGAAGGUUAUACCCAUUAACGAGGAAGAGAAGCCGAGUUUCUUGCAAUCGCUCAAACUUCAGACGGUCCCGCUGUUGCGUCGCCCGUACCUCAAGUGGCUGGCACUGAACGGAUUCCUGCUCUUCGGCAUAUGUAGUGCACUGAAUGGUCUAUACAUGUGGGUGCCUGACGUGCUGAACCGCGUGCUGACUGGGGGCGGCGGCGGACUCACCGCCUGCGGCGUCAUCGGACAGAGAUUCAAUGAGACAGUCGACGAAACAAUCUGCGACGACACCAUAGACACAAUGACUUUCAUUAUCAACUCGAUAGCCAACGUGAGCUGUGCCUUCAUAGCGUUAGCUAUCAGUCUAUCUGUCAAGUUUCUCGGGAAGAAAGUCCUCGUGAUCUUAGUCUAUAUUGUCCUUGGCACGUUCUGCGUGUUGAUCAACCACGUGACUCAAGAUAUGCUGUUCGCUGUGUUACUAUCCUCGUUAGCUUUGACUGGGUUGGCUAUUGGGCCGGUCAAUGCUUUCUCCGUUGAGAUUUUCCCGACUAAUCUUAGAGGCAUGGCAGUGAGUCUAACAAUGAUGGUUGGGCGCACGGGGUCGAUCAUAGGAACGAACGCAGCAGGGGUCAUGAUCAACACAGUUUGCGAAGCCACCUUCUAUACCUUCGGCGGAUUGUUGAUACUUUGCGGCCUGGCAUCCUUCCUUCUACCGAAAUCAAAAUCGAACCCACCUACAAUCAAAACAGUUACAGACACCACACAUCUAUAAUUCUGGAAACAUUUAGCCAAAUUCCAAAUACAUAGUA